AUGAGGGAUAGAAUCUACCUAAUGAACACAGUAGUAGGAGCAGCAGCACUAUACGGAGUGGAAGUUUGGGGAUGGGGAGGAGUAAAAGAUAUAGAGAGGGUUCAGGGAAGGUUUUGUAAAAUGGCACUAGGGGUUAAUAGAAAUACUCCGGGGUACAUUUGGAGAACAGAAGCAGGAGUGCAAAACAUAAAGGCAACUACGAGGGAGAGAGCAGCUAGAUAUGUGAAGGAUGUUUUGGCAAUGGAGGAGGAUAGAUGGCCAAAAAUAGCGCUGCGGGAAGAAAUGAGAGGAAUCCUAAAUAGAAAUCCGGCAAAAUGGGGUAGAAAGCUACAUGCAGCGAUAAAAGAAAUGGGAUGUGAAGAAAUAGCAGGAAUGAUAUAUAAUAAAGAAGAAAAAGAAAAAAUAGAUGAAAAAAUUAAUGCAGGGGUAGAAAGAUAUAAAGAAAAACUUAAAGAAGACGAUGAAAAAGCUAUAGAGAGGUCAAGCUAUAAUAAAAUGUAUAAAAAAAUAAUGAUCGAAAAAGAUGGAUAUAAUUACUGGAAGGAUGACAAGAAAAGGGGGGAAGAUAAAGAACAAUGGGCAAGAAUAAGAUGUGGAAACAUUGGGAGAGCUUACAAGAAAGGUUAUACAGAGUGGACAAACCUUAACACAUCUAAUAAAGUGCAAAGAGAUAAAAAAGGAGUGAACGAAAAGGAAAGAAAAUAUAUGGAAAAGUGGGACAAAUUGGUAGAGGAAGAAGAGAUCGAAAGUGAAAUAUGUAAGAUAUUAAAAGGCGAAAUAGACGUGAACUUUUGUGAAAUUUUUCGUAAAGUCGAAAAAUCAAUAAGAAGCAAGACAGAAGCGGAAAAAAUUGGAGAAGAAAGUGCAGAGGUGGAGCAGAGAACAGUGUGA